UGCUUAUUAAUUGUAGUUAUGCAGAUCCAAUGACAACAAGAACUGGAAAAUAUUCUGAUAAGUCAGAUAUUUAUUCUUUUGGUGUUGUACUUUUAGAACUGAUCACGGGAAAAAAGCCUAUGGAUAAAGACAAUGACAUUGUUAAUUGGGCAAACUCUCGAAUUAAAAAAGCUCUGAAAGGAGAAUAUGAGGUUUUUGUAGAUUCCAGAUUGCAAACAUUUGACCACGAAGAAAUGUAUCGAAUGAUUUUCUGUGCUAAUGCUUGUGUAAAUAGAUUUCCAAAGUCUCGUCUAUCUAUGAAAAGGGUAAAAAUUUGAAUUUGAUCAUAUAUUAUGUUAAUAAUUGGUAUAUAUUAAU